CGUUUUCGGAAAGGAAGAAAUAAUAUAUUUGGUGUCUGUUCAAGAAAGCAGGAGCAGAGGAAUUCCAUCUGCUCCAACAGAAUUUCAAGCAACUUCGCUUUCUACAUCCACUAUCACAGUGACAUGGCAAGCACCUCUAUCAAAAGGAAGCACUAUUAAAGGUUAUUAUCUACACUUCAAAAGAGAAUUUGGUGAGUGGGAGAAGAUAAAAAUUCCAGCUCAUGAUAUGAGUUUCACUCUAAACAACCUUCAGUGUGGUACAAGACACCAGUUCUAUCUUCAAGCAUUUAAUCAAUUGGGACAAAGUUCUCCAACUUCCACAAUAUCACAGCGAACACAGGGUUCUGCUCCAGUUGCACCAAGUAUCUUUGACCUCAUAAAUGUCAACUCAACUUCAAUUUCCUUAAAUGUUACAUCAUGGGGAGAUGGUGGCUGUCCCAUAACUUCAUUUGUCGUGGAAUAUAAGUUGAAACAUGGAGUGGACUGGACAUUAGUCUCAAAUAAUGUAAAAUUUGAUCAAACAGAAUUUUUGGUGCUUGAUCUUAAUCCUGAGACUUGGUACACACUACGGAUGACAGCACAUAAUAGUGCAGGGUCUACAAUUCACAAAUAUGACUUUGUAACCCUUACUCAUUCUGGAGCUAUUGUAGCUCCAGAGCUAAUCAUUCACUCUGGUUAUGGGCAAAACAGUAUCUUUAGUGAUCUUGGAAUAAUAAUACCAACAGGAGCUGCUUUAGUCAUCAUAGUUGUGUCUGGUGCAGGAUUUUUCUUGUAUAUGAAGAGAAAACAAGAAUUAUACAAUGCAAAUAAGUAUGGAGAAAAGCCAUCACAGAUAGGACUUGUGCCUGAUGUGCAGAAGACUGGAAGAUGUGAGUCUGACACAACAGCAGGAGGUAGUAUUGGAUGUGGUGUAAUGGUCAGUUCAAGCCCAAAUGAAUCACUGUGCUUGCCCACUCCAGUGCAUAUAUCACUGGGGCGCAGACAAGAUAUUAGCCCUUAUGCAACUUUCCAGGUACCUAAUUCCACAGGUGGUGAAGGAGCAAUGGAAAGUACACCACAAACCAUUGAUCACUGCUCACACAGUCAGCACAUAAAGGGAGCCAAUACUGAUACAUAUAAGUAUGGCAGCAGUGCAGACUCAGUUUAUACAAAGAUUUGUAAGAAGUCACAGUAUGGUGAUGAUGAUGAUGCUGUGGACUGGAUUCCUCUCCACAGUUUGUAUAAAUCUCACAGGUACUGACAGUAAAUUGACUUGUGCUGGUAUGGCAUCUGUCUUCCAAACCGUUUCCUCUGUCGUGCAUUUCUUGGAUAAAAGAAAAUGGAAAUAUAAGAUUGUGGAUUUAAUAACAUAGUCUAAGAUUUUUCAAGUGCCUUAUUUUAGGAAUUUGUGAGAACUGUUUUGGACGUGAUACUCACAGUCAAGGAUAACUUCGCAACACCUUAAGUGCCCAGUGUAUAUGAAAUCAUACAAGUGAGCUCGAGAGGCAUCAUUACCUACAACAUACAGCAGUACAAUGACAAGUGGUGCCUCACAUAAUGUUGUGAGAAAUGAAUAUAUACAACUGCUGGAAAACAAUUGUGUAUUAUUUUAAGAUUCCCUGAUUAAACUGUUAAUUCCUUAAUGUUCCCAUUCAUCUGUCUAACAUCCAUCAGAUACCAAAUAUUUGUGGUGUAAUAAUAUUUGAUUUCACAUAGUUAGCAAUGUUGUUGAUUCCAUUUUCCUGCAGAGUAGUUUGACAGAGUAGUGGUUGUCAAAAUAUGGUGCAGAAAAAUGGAACUGUCAGCUUGACAAUUAAAAUGGAAAAAAUCUCAGGAAUCAGUUGUGACAUUGUCGAAAAAUUUCAUUUAUAACACAAGUAACUAGUUGUUUGCUGUUUUAUGCCUUAUAAAAUGCAGUCUUUUGUGGUUCAAGAUACCUUAUGUUUUAUGGUUUCAAAGGAAUACAGUGUCACCAUACAUUAACACACUUUCUAUUAUUUAUUUCAAACACAUGAAAGGUUGAUAUUUAGAUAAUCUCAUUCAGUUGUGGUGAGAAGACAAGAUAAAAGUCUGUUAUGUUUAGAUUAAUACUGUACUUUCUCAAAUCUGUGCCACUAGAACAUUUUGGAAAUAAGCUUUUUAUAACCUGGUGAUAUAAUUUUCUAUGAAUAAAGUUCACUUUCUAGAAUAUUAAAUGAAACAACAAGCUUACUGUUACCCGUCACUGUCUUGUGACAGGUAUAAAAAAUAAAAUUUAAAAAAUAUAAAAAACAGUAAACUUGUUGUCUCAUUUAAUGUCAAUAACAGUCAUGGUAAAGCGUAACUAAAAUGUUCUAGAAUAUUUAUGUACAUAAAGUUGGCAUAAAUCUGACACACUAGAAUGUGGAAUGAAACAAGAAGCUGCAGUCAUCAUAAAGACAGUCAGAAUUACGAUUGUUGAUAUGAUGAACUCAAGUAUCUGGCUGAAUAAAACUUGUUUUAUUGUGAAAACUCAUCUUCUCAGCAGCUUAUCUUUUAUGACUCUGCAGCUUCUUCCAUUGUUUUACUUCUUUGAGAAU